AUGGCGCCUAUAUUUAAUAAGGCUAAGACUAGGCGUGGAAAGAAGUUUUUGGAGGACAGAGCCCCCAAAAUCACGGAGAAUGAUAAGAAUACUCUGCUUCUGAAGGGAGGAAAGACGAACGAAACUCUGCAGUCUUUUCUUACUGAUAUCCAUGCCCUAAAAAAACCAUUGGUGGAAAAAUUAAAAUAGUAAGGAGUUUACUUGUUUAACAAUUUCUUUUAGCCGCAAUCCCAUCCACCUUUUCGACGAAGAAUCGUUUAUUUGUAAAAUGUCACACAAAUACGACUCUUCAAUCUUCUGCAUGAUUGCCAACAGUAAGAAACAUCCCAAUAUGGUAUGCAUAGGAAGAAUGUUUGAUUAUGAAUUGCUGGACUUGGUGGAGCUCCGUCUGUCCAACUAUGUGCCACAGUCCAGUUUCAAAGUAAGGAUGACCACGACAAAGCUGAUAUCUUGCUUAUUUCAAACAUGAUUCUUUUUUCAGAAUGGCAGUGUAGGCGCGGAGACAAAGCCUUGUAUUGUUCUGAACGGUUCGCUGUUUGAGGUGGAUGACUCCUUCAAGAGAGUUGGCAAUAUGCUUGUGGAUUUCUUCAGAGGAGCUGUUGUCGACUCGAUCAGAUUGCAAGGUCUGGAGUUGGUUAUCUCGCUUACAGCCACAGCUGACGGAAAAGUGUUGAUGAGAACAUACAGAUCCAUUCUCAAGAAAAGUUCAGGAUCGUCUCCCAGGGUUGAACUUGUAGACCUAGGUCCCCAUGCCGACUUUGAAAUCGUUCGAUCCAAAUUUGCAAGUGACAGUCUCAUGAAAAAGGCGACAAAGAAACCGAAGGUUGUGGUGGUAAGAAUAAUUUAUUAGGUUAGGUUCUGUUUUUAGAAUAAGAUGCGAAAGAACACUAGCCUCGAUCCAUUUGAGACCAAGCUUGCCAGGAUUCAUGUUGGAAAACAGGACCUGAACUCCAUUCAGACCAGGAAAGUGAAGGCACUCAAAAGGAAGAAGGAAUAA